AUGGCGUCGUUGAGCAGCAUGGGCUCCGCCUCCGCGGCCGCAGCGCCACCUGCAGAGCGGCUGGCGGCGCGCCCGCACGUCAUACUUCUGGCUAGCCCCGGCGCCGGCCACCUCAUCCCCCUGGCCGAGCUGGCGCGGCGGCUCGUCGAGCUCCAUGGCUUCGCGGCCACGAUUGUCACGUUCACCAACUUCUCCGCCCCAGAACUACUUGCUUGCCUCCCCGCCUCCGUCGCCACCGUCGCGCUCCCCGCCGUCCAGAUGGACGACCUCCCCAAGAACGGCGGCGUGCUCGUGGAGCUCACCCGCCGGUCCCUCCCCAAUAUCCGCGCCCUCGUCCGCUCCAUCAGCAACUCCACCAGUACAGCCCCGCUCGCGGCGCUGGUGGCGGACUUCAUGUGCUCCACCGCGCUGCCCAUCGCCGCCGAGCUCGGCGUCCCGGGAUACCUCUUCGUCCCUAGCAACCUGGCUCAUGUCGCCCUCACGCGCUACGUCAUUGAGAUCAACGAAGGCGUCGCUCCCGGCGAAUACCGCGAUCUUGCGGUGCCUCUCGAGCUUCCCGGCGGCGUCUCGCUACGCCACGCGGACCUCCCGGACGGGUACCGUUCCAAGCACGAGGGUUAUGUGCAAACUGUGGAGUGGAGCCGGUGCCACUGCCUCGGCGAUGGCGUGCUGGUGAACACGUUCUACGAGAUGGAACCUGCUACCGUGGAAGCGUUCAAGCAGUUGGCGGUACCGGAACAAGGUUCAGGCGCGUUCUUCUUCCCGCCGGUGUUCCCCGUGGGGCCAUCCGUCAGGCGACCAGACCGCCACGAACCCACCGCCGGCGAGUUUUCGCCGUGCUUGGAGUGGCUUGAUCGUCAGCCGGCCGGUUCUGUGGUGUACGUCGCCUUCGGGAGCCGCGGGGCACUUUCUGUGGAGCAGACGGCCGAGCUCGCGGCUGGUCUCGAGACGAGCGGCCAAAGGUUUCUUUGGGUUGUACGGAUGCCAAGCACCGCCGGCGGCGACGAUCCGUUGGCGUGGCUCCCGGAGGGCUUCUUGGCGAGGACAAGUGGCAGGGGCCUAGCCGUGGCGGCGUGGGCGCCUCAGGUGCGCGUGCUGGCUCACCCUGCGACGGCCGCCUUCGUGUCACACUGCGGGUGGAACUCGACGCUGGAGAGCGUGGGGUGCGGCGUGCCCAUGCUCGCGUGGCCGCUGUACGCGGAGCAGAGGAUGAACGCCCUUCUCCUGGAACAGAAUCUCGGGAUGGCGCUGCGGGUGCCGCCAUCACGAGAGGACGGCCGAUGCUUGGUGACGCGCCACGAGAUCGCCAAAGCUGUGAAGGAACUCAUGGAGGGCGAUCAGAAGGUGCGCCGCCGGGCCGAGGACCUGCAGAAAGCGGCAGCACGUGCGUGGUUGCCGGAGGGGCCGUCGCGCCGGGCGCUCGAGGAGGUCGCCGUCAAGUGGAAGGCGGCGCUCGGCACAGCGAAGUAAAAGCACAUGCAGGGGGGAUGGGCGUGCGCAUGCAUGUAGUGCAUGGUGCUCAUCGUAUUUAUUUGCAGUCUAGUGCAUGAAGUACUUUAUUUUGUUGUCGCCUUGUGGUCAUCUCGUCUGAAGUUAUAUAACGUGUGUUAAAUCUACGAAUACGUGACAUA